UUAUAUAAGCCGCCUCCGUAUCAUUUCCGCUUAUUUCAUUCAUCCUCCCACCACCCCCUUGAAAAAAAAAAGUAUCAGACAAAGAGGGAGAGAGAAUGAACGGCGAUCACGGGGCCGUCGGCGAAUCGGACGGUCUAAAAUCGGCGCUGCUUCCCAUCCAGAGCUCCGGUGACAUCCAGAUCCAACGGCCGAGCGUUGUGAGGUCGAUAUUGACGGCCAAGAACUGCUACAUAGCCCUGGGGCCGCUUCUAUGCGGAGUAUUCUGCUUCUAUGUAAGGAUCGGCGGAGAGGGAGAGGGAGAUGGCGCCAGGAAGAUGCUGGGUGUGCUGGCUUGGAUGUUCGCCUGGUGGCUCACGGAGGCUGUGCCGAUGCCCGUCACCUCCAUGUCCCCUCUCUUCCUCUUCCCUCUCUUCGGCAUCGCCUCCGCCGACGACGUGGCUCGUUCCUACAUGGAUGACGUCAUCUCCCUCGUCCUCGGCAGUUUCAUCCUCGCUCUAGCCGUCGAGCACUACAACAUCCACCGCCGUCUCGCCCUCAACAUAACGCUGGUAUUCUGCGUGGAGCCGCUGAACGCGCCGCUGCUGCUGCUGGGAAUAUGCGGGACGACGGCGUUCGUGAGCAUGUGGAUGCACAAUGUGGCGGCGGCGGUCAUGAUGAUGCCGGUGGCAACAGGCAUACUGCAGAGGCUGCCGGAGAAUUGUUCGGAGGAGUCGGCGGAGGGGAAAUUCAGCAGGGCGGUGGUGCUGGGUGUCAUAUACUCCGCCGCCGUUGGAGGGAUGAGCACCCUCACUGGGACAGGUGUCAACCUCAUACUGGUAGGGAUGUGGAAGUCCUAUUUCCCGUUGGCUGAUCCCAUCAGCUUCAGCCAGUGGUUCUUCUUCGGUUUCCCAUUGGCCCUCUCCCUCUUCUUCGCUCUGUGGGCCAUUCUCUGCAUCCUCUACUGUCCCAAGGGCUCCGGGCGCUCUCUUUCCUCUUACCUGGACCGCUCCCAUCUCAAGCGCGAGCUCGACUUGUUAGGGCCCAUGGCGUUUGCUGAGAAGAUGGUCCUGGCCGUGUUCGGGGGGUUAAUAGUCUUGUGGAUGACGAGGAGCAUCACGGAUGAUAUUCCAGGGUGGGGAGCCCUCUUCCACGGCCGUGCAGGCGACGGCACCGUCAGUGUGAUGAUGGCGACCCUGCUGUUCAUCAUCCCAAACAAGAAAGGGAAAGGGGAGAGACUAAUGGACUGGAACAAGUGCAAGAAACUCCCGUGGAACAUAGUUCUCCUCCUAGGCGCCGGUUUCGCCAUCGCGGAAGGAGUCCGUACGAGCGGCCUGGCCGGCGUCCUAUCCAAGGGCCUCCAAUUCCUAGAAACGGCACCUUACUGGGCAAUAGCCCCAACGGUGUGCGCGAUAGCCGCCGGCAUCACAGAGUUCACGUCGAACAACGCGACCACGACGCUGCUGGUGCCACUGCUGAUAGAGAUAGCGAAAACCAUGGGAGUGGAGCCUCUGCUGCUAAUGGUGCCUGGUGCCAUCGGUGCCCAGUUCGCCUUCCUCCUGCCGACAGGGACACCUUCCAACAUAGUUGGGUUCACGACUGGCAAGAUAGAGAUAAAGGACAUGCUCAAGACAGGGUUCCCCCUCAAGAUCGCUGGCACCCUCUCCCUCUCUCUCCUCAUGCCCACUCUCGGGGCUUAUGUGUUCGGAGCCAACGGAGGAGUGUAACAAGUUUUGUGGAGGACGGGUCCUGACUCCUGCCUGUAUACGUAAUCUUAAUUGUGGUAAAUAUUUUGUACGGUAUAUCAAAUGCGAGGGUUAGUCCAUUUUUUUUUUCCUUUUUCGACCUUUCAAUUUGUAAUAUCCGUAUUUGAUGCUUAUAAAAAUAUUUAUAUUGUGAAAAUUUCUCGAAUCA